AUGGAAACUACUGCAACUCCCUCCUCCAUCAACCACAUCACCUCCUCCAUCAACCACAUCACCUCCUCCAUCAACCACAUCACCUCCUCCAUCAACCACAUCACCUCCUCCAUCAACCACAUCACCUCCUCCAUCAACCACAUCACCUCCUCCAUCAACCACAUCACCUCCUCCAUCAACCACAUCACCUCCUCCAUCAACCACACCACCUCCUCCAUCAACCACAUCACCUCCUCCAUCAACCACAUCACCUCCUCCAUCAACCACACCACCUCCUCCAUCAACCACAUCACCUCCUCCUCCAUCAACCACAUCACCUCCUCCUCCAUCAACCACAUCACCUCCUCCUCCAACCACACCACCUCCUCCAUCAACCACACCACCUCCUCCAUCAACCACACCACCUCCUCCAUCAACCACACCACCUCCUCCAUCAACCACACCACCUCCUCCAUCAACCACAUCACCUCCUCCAUCAACCACACCACCUCCUCCAUCAACCACAUCACCUCCUCCUCCAUCAACCACAUCACCUCCUCCUCCAUCAACCACAUCACCUCCUCCAUCAACCACAUCACCUCCUCCAUCAACCACACCACCUCCUCCAUCAACCACACCACCUCCUCCAUCAACCACACCACCUCCUCCAUCAACCACAUCACCUCCUCCAUCAACCACAUCACCUCCUCCAUCAACCACAUCACCUCCUCCAUCAACCACACCACCUCCUCCAUCAACCACAUCACCUCCUCCAUCAACCACACCACCUCCUCCAUCAACCACAUCACCUCCUCCAUCAACCACACCACCUCCUCCAUCAACCACAUCACCUCCUCCAUCAACCACAUCACCUCCUCCAUCAACCACAUCAAUCAAUCAAUCAAUCAAAGUUUAUUUGAGGCGGGGGAGUGCGGUGGGGUCCGAGGGGGCUCAGAUGUAAACAGUCACAUCACCUCCUCCAUCAACCACAUCACCUCCUCCAUCAACCACAUCACCUCCUCCAUCAACCACAUCUCCUCCUCCAUCAACCACAUCUCCUCCUCCAUCAACCACAUCACCUCCUCCUCCAUCAACCACAUCACCUCCUCCUCCAUCAACCACAUCACCUCCUCCAUCAACCACAUCACCUCCUCCAUCAACCACAUCACCUCCUCCAUCAACCACACCACCUCCUCCAUCAACCACAUCACCUCCUCCUCCAUCAACCACAUCACCUCCUCCUCCAUCAACCACAUCACCUCCUCCUCCAACCACACCACCUCCUCCAUCAACCACACCACCUCCUCCAUCAACCACACCACCUCCUCCAUCAACCACAUCACCUCCUCCAUCAACCACAUCACCUCCUCCAUCAACCACAUCACCUCCUCCAUCAACCACACCACCUCCUCCAUCAACCACAUCACCUCCUCCAUCAACCACAUCACCUCCUCCAUCAACCACAUCACCUCCUCCUCCAACCACACCACCUCCUCCAUCAACCACACCACCUCCUCCAUCAACCACACCACCUCCUCCAUCAACCACAUCACCUCCUCCAUCAACCACAUCACCUCCUCCAUCAACCACAUCACCUCCUCCAUCAACCACACCACCUCCUCCAUCAACCACAUCACCUCCUCCAUCAACCACAUCACCUCCUCCAUCAACCACAUCACCUCCUCCAUCAACCACACCACCUCCUCCAUCAACCACAUCACCUCCUCCUCCAUCAACCACAUCACCUCCUCCUCCAUCAACCACAUCACCUCCUCCUCCAACCACACCACCUCCUCCAUCAACCACACCACCUCCUCCAUCAACCACACCACCUCCUCCAUCAACCACAUCACCUCCUCCAUCAACCACAUCACCUCCUCCAUCAACCACAUCACCUCCUCCAUCAACCACAUCACCUCCUCCAUCAACCACAUCACCUCCUCCAUCAACCACAUCACCUCCUCCAUCAACCACAUCACCUCCUCCAUCAACCACAUCACCUCCUCCAUCAACCACAUCACCUCCUCCAUCAACCACAUCUCCUCCUCCAUCAACCACAUCACCUCCUCCAUCAACCACACCACCUCCUCCAUCAACCACAUCACCUCCUCCAUCAACCACAUCACCUCCUCCAUAAACCACACCACCUCCUCCAUCAACCACACCACCUCCUCCAUCAACCACACCACCUCCUCCAUCAACCACAUCACCUCCUCCUCCAUCAACCACACCACCUCCUCCAUCAACCACAUCACCUCCUCCAUCAACCACAUCACCUCCUCCAUCAACCACAUCACCUCCUCCUCCAUCAACCACACCUCCUCCAUCAACCACAUCACCUCCUCCAUCAACCACAUCACCUCCUCCUCCAUCAACCACAUCACCUCCUCCUCCAUCAACCACAUCACCUCCUCCAUCAACCACAUCACCUCCUCCAUCAACCACAUCACCUCCUCCAUCAACCACAUCACCUCCUCCAUCAACCACAUCACCUCCUCCAUCAACCACAUCACCUCCUCCUCCAUCAACUCAAACUCUUCAAAUCCAUUUUAA